AUGGCGCCGUCCAAGCCCUCCUCCUCGUCGGCAGCGGCCCUGCUCCUCCUGGCGGUGGCCGUGCUCGCGGCGUCGUCGACACCCGUGCUCGCGGACCUGACGCACGCCAACUGCGCCAAGAACAAGAAGGUGACGGUGCAGAACCUAUGCACCCACGACGUGACGCUGACGCUGGAGCCGCUGGCCAACAGCCCGCCGCUGUUCACGGGCGCGUACACGCUCCGCCCGCACAGCCACGCCGAGUUCCCGGUGUGCUGGUGGACGGGGCGCCUGCACGCGGGCGCCGACGCCGCCACGGUGGAGUUCCACGUCGCCGUCGACGGGGGUUCCUUCUACCUGGCUCCCAACGCGCAGCCGGGGCAGCGCGUGCCCGUCUCCGUCACGCCUCACGGGUCGCCGCUCCAGGGAAGGUGCCCCGCCGUCGGGUGCGCCAUCGAGGGCCGGUGCUCCGUGCACCAGGUGCCCAGCGGCGACUGCCGGAACGUCCAGGAGAUGAAGAUCAUCUACUGCAGCCCGCACGUGUGA